GGCAAGUAGCUCGACUACUCUUCUGCAUGUUGUGUGUGUUUUUUUUUUUUUUUUUUUGGUGUUUGUAGGGAGUCUGGUCUCUGGGUCUACGCUGCCUUUAUGAGCUGUAACACUCACCGUGAGGGUCUGCAGGUUUACUCUUGAACCGCGAGACCACGAACCCACCAGGGGAAACAACUCUAGAUGCGCUGUCUUAAGAGCUGUAACACCGGGAAGGCUUGCAACUUCACUCCUGAGCCAGCGAACCCACCAGAAGGAAAAAACUCCGAACACAUCCAAACAUUAGAAGAAACGAACUCCGGACACGCCGCCUUUAAGAAUUGCUACACACUGCGAGGGUCUGCGGUUUCAUGCUUGAAGUUGACAGUCUCCCUCCGUCGCCCAGGCUGGAGUGCAAUGGCACGAUCUCGGCUCACGCAACCUCCGUCUCCUGGGUUCAAGCAAUUCUCUCACCUUUGCCUCCUGAGUAGCUGUGACUACAGAUGGAGUCUCGCUCUGUCGCCCAGGCUGGAGUGCAGUGGUGUGAUCUGGGCUCACUGCAACCUCCACCUCCCGGGUUCAAGCAAUUCUCCUGUCUCAGCCUCUCUGGUUGGUGGGACUACAGGCAACAGGGAGGCGGCGGCUUUUAUGCUCAAAAGGAAUGAGUCCCAGUGGCUGGCACAGAGAAGAAGGAGCGAAACAUCUUUGAGCAAGAUGGGUCUCUACCGCAUCCGCGUGUCCACUGGGGCCUCGCUCUAUGCCGGUUCCAACAACCAGGUGCAGCUGUGGCUGGUCGGCCAGCACGGGGAGGCGGCGCUCGGGACGCGACUGUGGCCCGCACGGGGCAAGGAGACAGAAUUCAAGGUGGAAGUACCGGAGUAUCUGGGGCCGCUGCUGUUUGUGAAACUGCGCAAACGGCACCUCCUUAAGGACGACGCCUGGUUCUGCAACUGGAUCUCCGUGCAGGGCCCGGGAGCCGGGGACGAGGUCAGGUUCCCUUGUUACCGCUGGGUGGAGGGCAACGGCGUCCUGAGCCUGCCCGAAGGCACCGGCCGCACUGUGGGCGAGGACCCUCAGGGCCUGUUCCAGAAACACCGGGAAGAAGAGCUGGAAGAGAGAAGGAAGUUGUACCGGUGGGGAAACUGGAAGGACGGGUUAAUUCUGAAUAUGGCUGGGGCCAAACUAUAUGACCUCCCUGUGGAUGAGCGAUUUCUGGAAGACAAGAGAGUUGACUUUGAGGUUUCGCUGGCCAAGGGGCUGGCCGACCUCGCUAUCAAAGACUCUCUAAAUGUUCUGACUUGCUGGAAGGAUCUAGAUGACUUCAACCGGAUUUUCUGGUGUGGUCAGAGCAAGCUGGCUGAGCGCGUGCGGGACUCCUGGAAGGAAGAUGCCUUAUUUGGGUACCAGUUUCUUAAUGGCGCCAACCCCGUGGUGCUGAGGCGCUCUGCUCACCUUCCUGCUCGCCUAGUGUUCCCUCCAGGCAUGGAGGAACUGCAGGCUCAGCUGGAGAAGGAGCUGGAGGGAGGCACACUGUUCGAAGCUGACUUCUCCCUGCUGGAUGGGAUCAAGGCCAACGUCAUUCUCUGUAGCCAGCAGCACCUGGCUGCCCCUCUAGUCAUGCUGAAAUUGCAGCCUGAUGGGAAACUCUUGCCCAUGGUCAUCCAGCUCCAGCUGCCCCGCACAGGAUCCCCACCACCUCCCCUUUUCUUGCCCACGGAUCCCCCAAUGGCCUGGCUUCUGGCCAAAUGCUGGGUGCGCAGCUCUGACUUCCAGCUCCAUGAGCUGCAGUCUCAUCUUCUGAGGGGACACUUGAUGGCUGAGGUCAUUGUUGUGGCCACCAUGAGGUGCCUGCCGUCGAUACAUCCUAUGUUCAAGCUUAUAAUUCCCCACCUGCGAUACACCCUGGAAAUUAACGUCCGGGCCAGGACUGGGCUGGUCUCUGACAUGGGAAUUUUCGACCAGAUAAUGAGCACUGGUGGGGGAGGCCACGUGCAGCUGCUCAAGCAAGCUGGAGCCUUCCUAACCUACAGCUCCUUCUGUCCCCCUGAUGACUUGGCUGACCGGGGACUCCUGGGAGUGAAGUCUUCCUUCUAUGCCCAAGAUGCACUGCGGCUCUGGGAAAUCAUCUAUCGGUAUGUGGAAGGAAUCGUGAGUCUCCACUAUAAGACAGACGUGGCUGUGAAAGAUGACCCAGAGCUGCAGACCUGGUGUCGAGAGAUCACUGAAAUCGGGCUGCAAGGGGCCCAGGACCGAGGGUUUCCUGUCUCUUUACAGGCUCGGGACCAGGUUUGCCACUUUGUCACCAUGUGUAUCUUCACCUGCACCGGCCAACACGCCUCGGUGCACCUGGGCCAGCUGGACUGGUACUCUUGGGUGCCUAAUGCACCCUGCACGAUGCGGCUGCCCCCGCCAACCACCAAGGAUGCAACGCUGGAGACAGUGAUGGCGACACUGCCCAACUUCCACCAGGCUUCUCUCCAGAUGUCCAUCACUUGGCAGCUGGGCAGACGCCAGCCCGUUAUGGUGGCUGUGGGCCAGCAUGAGGAGGAGUAUUUUUCGGGCCCCGAGCCUAAGGCUGUGCUGAAGAAGUUCAGGGAGGAGCUGGCUGCCCUGGAUAAGGAAAUUGAGAUCCGGAAUGCAAAGCUGGACAUGCCCUACGAGUACCUGCGGCCCAGCGUGGUGGAAAACAGUGUGGCCAUCUAAGCGUCGCCACCCUUUGGUUAUUUCAGCCCCCAUCACCCAAGCCACAAGCUGACCCCUUCGUGGUUACAGCCCUGCCCUCCCAAGUCCCACCCUCUUCCCAUGUCCCACCCUCUUCCCAAGUCCCACCCUCUUCCCAAGUCCCACCCUCUUCCCAAGUCCCACCCUCCCUAGAGGGGCACCUUUUCAUGGUCUCUGCACCCAGUGAACACAUUUUACUCUAGAGGCAUCACCUGGGACCUUACUCCUCUUUCCUUCCUCCCUCCUUUCCUAUCUUCCUUCCUCUCUCUCUUCCUCUUUCUUCAUUCAGAUCUAUACGGCAAAUAGCCACAAUUAUAUAAACCAUUUCAAGGCUAGAAUAGGGGGAUAAUACAUAUUACUCCACACCUUUUAUGAAUCAAAUAUGAUUUUUUUGUUGUUGUUAAGACAGAGUCUCACUUUGACACCCAGGCUGGAGUGCAGUGGUGCCAUCACCACGGCUCACUGCAGCCUCAGUGUCCUGGGCUCAAAUGAUCCUCCCACCUCAGCCUCCUGAGUAGCUGGGACUACAGGCUCAUGCCAUCAUGCCCAGCUAAUAUUUUUUUAUUUUCGUAGAGACGGGGCCUCACUAUGUUGCCUAGGCUGGAAAUAGGAUUUUGAACCCAAAUUGAGUUUAACAAUAAUAAAAAGUUGUUUUACGCUAAAGAUGGAAAAGAACUAGGACUGAACUAUUUUAAAUAAAAUAUUGGCAAAAGAA